AUUCGAACCUGUUCAGUGAUAAGACGACCUAGGUUGUGGAGCUCGUGUACAAGACAAACUCCGCCCGGCUCAGCAUGACCAACGCUGUGGUGUGGACACUGGUCAGCUAUAUCGUGGGUGUGGCCUGGGGUCAGAUAGUUGGUGACAUCCGCCUCGUAGGACAGAGUUCCAGGAACAGAGGGAAUUUGGAAAUCUUCGUUAGGGGAUGGGGAGGCGUCUGUGACGACUUCUUCGACGAGAAUGCUGCCAUCGUUGCGUGUCGUCAGUUGGGGCUGCCCACGUCACAUCCGUUAUUCCUCAUCAAGAGACCGGGCUCCACGGUGUUCAACCUGGAUGAUGUCAAGUGCACUGGCAACGAGACGAACCUGGGGGACUGCAAACACAGACUCUGGGGUUCAUCAGACUGCGGAGAUGACGAACACGUGGAGGUUGCAUGUGCAGCUGACCCCUGCACGCCUGACCCGUGUCCAGAUGGCGUGCCGUGUCGUCAGGUGAUGGACAGCAGGUACACCUGUGUCUGUCCGCCAGGGUAUACAGGCACCCAAUGUCUGACAGACGUAGACGAGUGUGUGGACGCCACCAACGGCUGCAGUCACAUCUGCGUCAACACCCGAGGGUCCUACUACUGCCAGUGCCCAUACGAACUUCAACUUGGAGCCGACAACCGCACAUGCCAUGGUGAAGGUGUGCAGGUGUCCUGCACGUCCCAGAACAUGGUGGUGGAGUUGGACAAACAGCACCUCCACGGCCUCCAUGGUCAAUACUUGACGUUGAGGGACAAGACGUGUGCUGCCACGGAGACCUCCACCCACGUGUAUGUUACAGUGCCUCUCCAGGGGUGUGGCACCCAGGUCACGGUGAGACAUUUCUUGUCCUACUAA